UUUCUAGUUGUAUGGGAGGUGUCCAUUUAUUGAACAUAUUUUGAAUGACAACCAGGUUGUAUAAUGUUGUUUUGAUUAGCCAUUAAAAGCCAUUUCGCAAUCUACCAUCCAGUGACAUCAUGGACCUAUAAAUAAAGAGUGACCCAUGUGGGAGGGUCCAUCCAGAUACAUGACGGAUAAAUCAGCUAGUUUCUUUAUAGGUCCAUGGUUACAACCAACUGGGUAGUAUGCUAGGAUGUUCAACUAUCAUACAUCUGGGUGGACACUCCCACGUGUGAUGUCACUAGAGGGUACAGUGUCAAAUGGCUUGUAAUGCCUAACCAACGUCACGUCUGGUGGUCAAAGAGGGGACCUCCUUGUAAAAGCUAUUUUGAACGGGUAAUGAUCUACCUCUGUUAGUUGAAGAGAUGAUCACAGGCAGAGAUCCUGCUGGGAAACCCGCCGGGGUAACGUCUGGGUAAACAAGGAAAUGAGGGAAAGUGCGCUCCAGCGCGUUCAUGAAGAUAUCUUAUUGAUGCGUGGAAACCAAGAAAACAGUCGAGGAAGUUCAUGUGGGACUUCAGAGAGUCGCACGGGUCAUUGCUCCUCCGGAAUCACAGUGCUCCAUGGAGCCAGUGAUUUCCAUCAAUAUUUUAAGGCAAGGGCACUAUACACACAGUGUGUGUCUUGAUAUAACUUCUUAAUUCACACCGAUUUGUUUUCCUGGACCUAUUUGAUAUGUGUGUGUUAAACGGCCCUUCUUAAUCAUCUUCAUACACUUACCAUAAUUGCUUGCAUGAUAGUGGAUUAGAUAUUUUAGAUGUUGGAAUUGACCGUAUAGAUAGUGAUCAACACCCAUCACUUUAUAUACAGGCAUGUUGCCCUUUGGACAGGUUGUAUACCAGUUCAGUGGACACCGUCAUAAAGAUGAACAGUCAAAAGUUUAGGUUUGAUUGUUUUGAACUGUUAAGCAAAAUGGAGCCUGGCGUAGUUCUACAGGCGAUUCUUCCUGUGUGUCUCCUAAUAUCUGGUACUCAUGGGGGACAAUUGCACACAGGAGGAAGUCUGAAAAUGGGACCAGGGCCUUGCUGACCUUUCAUAACAGGUUCCCAGAGGGAGUAGAUGUUUUCUACACCUCGGAUUACUGCUACAAGUGUCUUCCUCAGCCCCUGGCCAGUGUUGAAAGGGAUAUGUUCAAUGUCUCUUCUGUCAUCAGUACUAAAUUCACAUUGAGCCUACGCGUGGACUCCAGGAAUGUUUCCCUUUGCAGCUGGAGUCAGACAUACGAAGAAGGCGGCCAAUACUCUGUCUGGAUCCAGCAGCAGACUGCGUCCAACACCAGCGCCAUCUGCCGUCACUCAGUGGAUGAAAAUCCCAGGAACGCAUACCUACCGCUUCUGGUGGCUCUCCUGGUGCUGGCCGUCAUCGCCCUUCUGUUCGUUCUCAUACCCUACAUCAACAGGAAGUACAACGCAACAAAACGGAUCAAGAAUGCUUGUUGCCCGAGCCCGCAAUACACAGUGGACUGUGAGGUCACCCCCACCUGUGAGGCCGGUGACGCGGACGCUAAGCCGAAGCAGACACGCCUGCGCUCGCUGGACGCCUUCCGAGGGUUCUCUCUGACGGUGAUGGUGUUUGUGAACUACGGUGGAGGUGGAUACUGGUUCAUGGAACACGCGCCGUGGAAUGGUCUCACUGUGGCUGACCUGGUCAUGCCAUGGUUUGUGUUCAUCAUCGGCACGUCGGUGGUGUUGGCCUUUCGGUCCAUGCGGCGGAAAGGCGUGAGUCGCGUGCAACUCUUGCGCAAACUCACCUGGAGGACGGCAGUCCUGUUGCUGCUGGGCUUCUGCUUCCUCAACUACUCUCCCAAAGACGGGCCACUGUCCUGGUCGUGGCUCCGGAUCCCGGGGGUUCUCCAGCGGCUGGGCUUCACCUACUUUGUGCUCUCUCUGAUGCAGACAGCGUGGGGCCAGACCUCGGCCCCAGCCAGAGCGGGCCGGUGCUGGGGCCGGGUGCAGGACCUGCUGCCCUACUGGCCGGAGUGGCUGUUCAUCCUGCUGCUGGAGACGCUGUGGCUGUGUCUGACCUUCCUCCUGCCCGUCCCCGGCUGUCCUGCGGGGUACCUGGGGGCCGGCGGCAUCGGGGACCACGGCCUGUACCCCGACUGCACCGGGGGCGCGGCGGGCUACAUCGACCGCUGGGUGUUUGGAGACAACAUGUUCAGAUGGCCCACGUGCCGGGAAUUGUAUCGCACCACGAUGCCCUUUGACCCCGAGGGGAUACUGGGCACCAUCAACUCGGUCGUCAUGGGCUUCAUGGGGAUGCAAGCUGGGAAAAUCUUCCUAUGCUACCGCGGAGACAGCGUCCAGAUCCUGUCCAGGUUCCUGGGCUGGGCCGUGGUGCUGGGUGCCUCGACGGCCGUCCUUUCUAAGUGCACGCGGGACGAAGGAUUUAUUCCUGUCAAUAAAAACCUUUGGUCCCUGUCCUACGUGACGUGCAUGGGCAGCCUCUCCUUCCUGCUUCUGGGCGCCAUGUACGUGGUCGUGGACCUGAAAGGCUGGUGGGGCGGCCAGCCGUUCAUCUACCCAGGGAUGAACUCCAUCCUGGUGUACGUGGGCCACUCCCUGCUGGGUUUCUACUUCCCGUUCAGCUGGGAGCUGCAGCACCUGGACAGCCACUGGGGGCGCCUCUUCCAGGGGCUGUGGGCCACCUCUCUCUGGGUGCUGGUCGCCUACCUGCUCCACCGCAAGAGGUUCUUCCUCAAGAUAUAGGAGCCCGCCGGCGCUCGCGGACGCUGUUCUCCAUAAGGCUGACGUCUCGUUUUAAAUUGACUUUUAGUGAGUUGUCGGUCUGCUGAAUUUGGGGCCAAAAUGUAUUUUGGCUAUUCCGAUGUUAUUUAAAAGACUCCUUCCUUAAAAACUGGAAAUAUAACCUUGUUUUUUUUUCAAAUUGCAUGACAUUAUUUUGUAUGUUAUUAGUUAUUUUAUUGAUUUACGAUUAUUUAAUCAUUUUGCACAAUCCCACAAUCCCAUCUGUUGUUUGUAAUACGGUAAAGCCCUUUCUCUGAUCGGACAUGAUGUCACAGCGCUACAUGCCAAAACGAGAACACAACUCCACCACAGGUCUGUGUUCCUUCACCACUGAAGAACUGCGCUGAACGAGGACAAUAGUAUCCACAUCACCAUAACAAUUGGACAAUUACUUAAAAUAAAGUAAUAGUGGGAUUGUGCCAAUCGCCAGAUGGGUGGUCUUGGGUGGCCGGCAGACUGUUUUAUUUGGUGCUAGUUGUUUAAGGCUGUGCAUAGAGUAUUAAAUCAAAUGUACUGAGGUGGUACUUAACAAAUUA